UGUUGCAUCUGUCACAUUGCACGAAAGCAAAACCACUCUUCAAGAGUAGCUAGUCUGCUUAGUCUGCUGCAAAUCUAGCUAAAAGGACAAAUCGACUAGAGGUUGUGUGGGAUUUGGUGCAAGUCGCAGGAUGGUUAAGCAAAAGAUUGUCCUCAAGUUGGCUCUGGAUGAUGAGAGGAAGAGGAGGAAGGCCUUCAAGGCUGCCGUUGGCAUGUCAGGCGUGACAUCCGCGGCGAUGGAGGGGGAAAAGAUCAUCAUCGUUGGGGAUGGCGUCGACCCGAUCUCGCUGACGACGAUGCUCCGGCGCAGCCUAGGCUACGCAGAGCUCCUCAGCGUGUCCUCCGGCGACGACAAGAAGAAGGACGGCUACGGCGCCGCCUACGGGUACGGCGCCGGCGAGAAGAAGAAGGACGGCUAUGGAUACGGCGGCGACGGCGGCGGGAGCUUUGGCGGCAAGGAGGGUGGCGGUUCCAAAGGUGGCGGCGGCGGCGGCUACUCUCAAAACGCGGCUGCGCCGAUCACGUACCCCGCGUAUCAGCAGUACAACGCCAUGCCGUCCUACCCGGUUUACUCCUCCUACCCUGCUCCUCCUGCUUAUCAGCAUCAAGAACAGAAUCCUGGCUGCAGCAUUAUGUAGUAGCAUAGUUGUUAGUUAAGGAGAGAUGAUGAGUCGGCGAGAGAUCAGGAGAGUUGCGAGCUGUGUUCAGGCCAUGAUUGAUGGCCUGACCCAGAAGUUGGCUGAGAGAGGAGAGCGAUGUUGGCUGCCUGAGCACUGAGCAGUACGCAUGUACAGUACAGGUUGGUUGGAUCAGCAAUGGUGGUUUGGAGCGUAGUAACAGAUUGUACAGGAGGAAUGAAUAAAAGGAAACUCAGGGUAUCUUUUUUUGAGG